AUGUACCGGCGCAGCUACGUCUUCCAGGCCCGCAAGGAGCAGUACGAGCGCGCCGAGGAGGCGCCGCACCCCGCCGAGCUGGACAGCCUGGUCGAGAGCCGGGCGGCUGCGCCGAGCCUGGCGCAGCUGCAGGGGCUCGGCGAGCGCGUGGCCGCCCACGUCCAGCGGGCCCGGGCGCUCGAGCAGCGCCACGCCGUCCUGCGGAGGCAGCUGGACGCCUUCCAGCGCCUGGACGAGCUGGCCGGCCCCGAGGAUGCCCUCGCCCGCCACGUCGAGGGCAACCGCCAGCGCGCCCGGGAUUUGGCCGCCGAGCGCACCCGGUUGGAGCGCCAGGGAGCAGAGGCGCAGCGCGCCCUCUGCGAGUUCCGAAGCAAGUAUGAAAAUGAGUGUGAGUGUCAGCUGCUGCUGAAAGACAUGCUCAAACGGCUAAACAAGGAGGCAGAUGAAGCCCUGCUGAGUAACCUGCGCCUUCAAAUCGAAGCCCAGUUUCUGCAGGAUGACAUCAGUGCGGCCAAGGACAGGUACAAAAAGAACCUUCUGGAGAUUCAGACCUACGUCAGCAUCCUGCAGCAGAUCAUCCAGACCACCCCGCAAGCAGCCGCCGUAACCAGUGGCACGAGGGAGGCGAAGCUCUUGACGGAAAGGGAGGUGGCCACCCUGCAGAGCCAGCUGGAGGACAGCCAAGAGGUGCUCUGCCUCCUGCAGGCCCAGAGAGCCGAGCUGCAGGCCCAGACGGCGGCCCUAGAACAGGCCAUCAGAGAUGCCCACGAGUGCUACGAUGAAGAGAUUCAGCUCUACAAUGAGCAGAUUGACACCCUGCGGAAGGAGACUGAGGAGGCUGAGAGGAGCCUGGAGAGGUCAUCCUAUGACUGCCGGCAGCUGGUGGUCACUCAGCAGACCCUGAGGAAUGAGCUGGACCGGUAUCACCGGAUCAUCGAGAACGAAGGCAACAGGCUGAGCUCUGCCUUCAUUGAAACCCCGAUCACUCUGUACACCGUGAGCCACGGAACCUCCCUCAGCCCUCGACACGGUGUGAAAGAUCUCGCCAGGGCUGUGCAGGAUAUAACAAUAGCAAAACCAAGACAAAAAGGCCUCCCCAAGAACGUUCCAAGGAAAAAGGAGAUUAUAGCGAAAGACAAAGCAGAUGCAGGUCGGGAAGAGGCACCACUGAGAGGUCCUGAAGACGCAAAGCCAGGGCAGGUGGUACCUAAAGAAGAGGGUGAAUCUAAGCUCGAAUCAGGGGAUGGAGAAGCAAGUCCCCCGACCGUGGACGGGGCUCCGGAGGAUGUCCCAGACGGAGGGAAGAUAAGCAAAGCCUUUGAAAAACUAGGCAAGAUGGUCAAGGAGAGGGUGAAAGGCCCCAAAGAACCCGAGCCCCCCGCUGACCUGUACACCAAGGGGCGGUAUGUGCUGGUCUCCGGAGAUGCCAAUUUCGUGGACCCAGGCUUCUGUUCCUUCUCCGUCCCGGCCAAAGGGGGUGUGGUGGUUUCCAAGGGGGACGACUCUGUGCUGCCUGACAGCCACGUGGAGCCCUCUCCCCAGCAGCCGGAGCCCCCUCUGGAGGAUGGAGAGGGGCCUCCCCAGGGGAAAGAUGGUCUGGAGGAUGGACAGGGGCCUCCCCAGGGGAAAGAUGGUCUGGAGGAUGGACAGGGGCCUCCCCAGGGGAAAGAAGAUGGUCUGGAGGACGGAGAGGGGCCUCCCCAGGGGAAAGAUGGUCUGGAGGAUGGACAGGGGCCUCCCCAGGGGAAAGAAGAUGGUCUGGAGGACGGACAGGGGCCUCCCCAGGGGAAAGAAGAUGGACACCCCCCUACCCCGCACACUGUAGACAAGGGGGAUGAGAUGAAUGACGAAGAACUGAAGGGCCCCCAGGGGAAACAGGAUGGCCAGAAGGAGGAGGAGGGGGCCAGGAAGCCCUGUGUCACAGUCUCUCCUGGUCCAGAGGGGCCGUCUACACCCCAGUCUCAAGGGCCUCAGGUCACUCAGGGUGGGUCCGACGGGCCUGGAGCUUGGACCAGCAGCCUCCCGGCGAGAAGCCCUCCCAGGACGCUGGCCUAUGAGAAGGUGGAGGUGAUGGAGUCUAUUGAGAAGUUUUCCACCGACAGCAUCCAGACAUACGAAGAGACUGCCGUAAUCGUGGAGACCGUGAUCGAAAACACGAAGGCAAACAAGAAGCAGCUGGAGGAGAAGUGCUCUUCCAAUGCCUAGGCUCGAGGGGAGAAAGUGCCUUUGGGCCACUGUUGGGAAGUGCUUGGAUAUUUUAGGACAAACCAUACAAGACUGAGGGUUCUUGUUUGGAUUAGACCAUAGUUGGCCUGUCUGGCUUGCCAGUGAAGCCUUAAUUAAAACGUUUUCUUUG